AUGGCUGAUAUCAGACCCCCUUUCACCGAAGAGACGGCCCGCAAAAAGGUCAAGGCGGCUCAGCACAUGUGGAAUACCCAGGAUCCUCCUCGAGUCGCGCAGGCAUACACGCCGACUUGCAUCUGGCGUAACCGGACCUCGUUUUUGUCGGGUACGGACGCCAUCAUCGAGUUUUUGUCGGCUAAAUGGGCGCGUGAACACAAUUAUCGUUUGCGCAAGGAGCUCUUCGCUUUCUGGGCCGACCGGAUCGCGGUUCAGUUUUGGUAUGAAUAUCAAGAUGCCGAAGAUGGGAUGCGCUGGAAGCGGUGCUACGGUCUCGAGGACUGGACCUUUGAUCGUGAGACUGGGAAGAUGUGUAAGCGCAUGAUGAGCGGCAAUGAUCUGCUACUCGGCCCAGACGGGAAUGGUGAGGGGCGCUGGUUUGUAGACGGAGUGGACGUGGAUGAGGUGUUGAUCGGUCAAGAACAUUGGUGA